AUGGAGGAUUCAGCCACCAUCACCGGAUCUUCCAUCCUCUCCAAGCUCCAGUCGUCUUCAGAUCUCUCCUCCAUCCACUACCUUUUCUCCUCCUACCUCCACCCCUUCACCGUCAUCAUCAAUAAACCCAAGAGGCAGUCCAAAUCUUCAAAAAUCAAUGCCGAAGCGUCAGCUACUAUCCAGUCGCUCGCCAAGACGUUCACUUCCUUCCUUAACAAAGCCCUAAAUAUUAUCCCCACACGCCUGGAUGAAACCCCCAAAAUCGAAUAUUGUUACGCCUUCGAACUGUUUGAAGUGUACACGAUUUGCCUCAGUUGUUUGGAAUCUGUUUUGUCGGUACUGUCGUCUAAACCCCUUUCCGUUCAGUUCCAUCUGAUUCGGUUGAUACAUUGUUAUGAAGACUGGGGCAGAUACGAAGAUGCACAGAAUGAAGUGUUAUCGGAGCUUGAGUAUAUUGGGAAAAUAUCGGGUGAAAUAGGUGGGAAUCUAAAUCGAGGUUGCGACGCAAGCCAACUGUGUUUUAAAAGGUCGAAGCAACUAAUUUCUAUGGUGAAUGAAAUCCAACCGUGGUUGAGGUUUGUUGAUGCGUGUACAUAUGAUAGGCUGCACCAGUUGCUUGCGAUUUGUCUGGUUUGGGCCCAUGGUUUGCAAUGUAGUUUUUUCAUAGCUGGAUGA